GGGAUAUGGAGACGCUGGAUAUCGGCUGUAGAUUUAGGUCUUCGGUUGGACCACAACCUCCACUCAUACACCCCACGCCUAAUAUACAAUAACCAGGUGGUGGCAGGUGGUUAAUUUGAUUCUCGUGUACAACCAUAUGGGUUCCAUGUGGAUUUGUUUAAUAUUAUUUUACCUACUACUGAUUAUAAUUAUUCACACAUAACUUAUAUGUAGGACGGCAUUUUGUUGAUUUGUUGUUAGCAGUUGUAAAAAUAGAAAGUGUUCAACCAGCUAGUUGGUCUAUUUCAGAAAUUAUGCACGCGCGAGACGCGGAACCAAACACCUGAAUAAUGUUCAUCGGGGAAUAUUUCUGGUGUUGCACUGUUGUCGGUCGUACAUGCCCAAGUUGUCUUCUGAAUAAAUACAAUUAACUGUUCACCAUUAUAACCUUGCUGAGCGUGAUCCACUGUAGGAUGGCAGACGGUCCUGAAACGCCACCGAACUAUGAGGAGCAGUUCGCCCAUCGGUUUUCUCUCCAGGACCCGGAGUACCAGCAGUAUGUGAGUCGCCCCGCCAACCCCCCACCAUUGGUGGAGGACUGGAGAGGACGCGGAGGCGGACACAACCGGGGCGGCAGAUACCAGGACCGCGGCGGAUACCGGGACCGGGGCAGGGGUUGGGGUGGGGAUAGGGGUGGGGGCAGGGACCGGAGCUGGGGACGGGACCGAGACGGGGACCGAGACAGGAGCUGGGGACGGGACCGAGGUGGGCAGCAGUGGCCAGACAGGGACAGGGGUUAUGGUCAGGGACGGGGUGGUCAUCAGUCUGGAGGAAACUCCUGCCACCAGAGGCCAUCUAAUUACGACCGCUACUGACCUCCCCUUGACUGUGGUACUGACCACAUACACUGUGCACGUACACACACACACACACACACACACACUUGCGCACUGUGGCCAUAUCAGGUCAGUCAUAUCUGUGACAUUGUAUUGAUCACUGAUGACGUGCUCUAUUUCCGCACGGAGCGUGAUUACAACCGUCUGAUUAUAUCAGCCAGCAGUGUGGACACGGAAACAGACAUAAGCAGUGUCCCAGAUAGCACCCUAUGACCUAUAACCCCCCCCCCCCCCC